AUGGACUUAAAAAAUAUUUUGGUUCGAAAGCCGCCUACUGAGUCUACUAAUUUACUGGAUCGACUGCAAAAUUUUUUGCCAAAAAUUGCUGCUGCGAAUAGGGAAUUAGACAAGGCAUCUAAAUGUGAUAUUGUAAUUAAUGUUGUAGGCGGCACAGGUGAAAGCGAAAGUGACUCUUCUUCUUCUGCUUCAACAUGUUCUUCGUCUGAUUCAGAGGAUACGUGGAAAUAUGCUGGAACUGGUACUGAAGAACCAGAAGUAGUAGUGGAUGUAACAACGCUGAAAGAAGAUACAAUGAAAUCUUUGGUUGAAACAUCAGAUAGUAAUACAAGUGAUGAUUGCGAAGAUGAAAUGUUACCUGUUGGGUUUCGGAUUAAAAAAUCUGUGCCAAAAAAAAAGCGAAAGCAGUUGAUAGAAGAAGUUAAUGUUGAUUCAGAUAGUUUUAAAAAAUGA